GACUGCAAGCAGUGCUGAGUACAGGGGCGGGAUAAGACAUUCUCAGACAGUUGCACAUGAAUUAAUCAACACUACCGUUGUUCAGAGGAUGAAUGGCUGAUUUUGCUCUGUGUUUUGUUUCAAAUCUGAGGCUUUUGUUUUAUUCUACAAAAUAUUUUAAGAGUCACCCACUUGGUGGCAAUGCUUGUUUAAAUUUCUUUCACUCAGUUCCAAAGAGUGGAGGAAAAACGUCGCACAGGUCGCACCUGCCCUCUGGGACUGCACUCAUCUGUCUCUUCAGUUGCAAGUACUAGUCGGAGUGGAACCAAAACUGCACAGGGGAGCUGUCCUGCACAACAAGCUAUGGGAUGCGUGGAAAACUCCUGAGUUUCUUACAUUUUGAUCUAAGGAUUUUUUUGUAUUAAAAACUGAAAGGACAUAUUUUCAUUUAUAUCACUUUUGGACUGUUACCUGAGAGACUAUAUCGCCUUUUAUUCUCGGCCAACACUUUUGGCUCUUUCUUGGGAUUUUCUGAGGGUAUCAUCGGUGGUGGACAGAAUGGCCCUGCUCAACUGUGCAAAACUCUCAGUCGUCUUUCAUUUAAUCACAACUAUAAGCGGUCAGGUCAGCCUUCCAGCCCCUCUGCUGCUGCCCUCUGAGGAGACACACCUUCUACACACAGGGAAUUCACUCAACCUCACCUGCAGAGGUGCGGCCCAGUUGCACUGGCUGCUGCCCUGGCGGAACGUCCCCUCGGAGGGGGUUCAUGUGGAGGAGUGUGAGCCCCGGGUGAAUGCCCACUGCAGUAAGCUGCUGGUGAGAAACCUGAUCCCCAACGACACGGGGCUCUACAGCUGCAGGUACGCCCGGCCCUCCGCCGACAUCAGCUCUACCUACGUAUAUGUCAAAGAUGAAAAACAUCCGUUUGUGGAGCACCAUUUCCUCAAGCCGUCCACCCUGUUUAGCUACAGACAUGAAGCCACCCUAGUGAUUCCCUGUAGAACAACUUCUCCUGACCAGAUCGUCACUCUUGAAGCGGUGCCACCCUUAUCAAAGGAGGUUGAACAAGGGAAGGAAUGGGACCCCAAAAUGGGCUUCAAGAUCCCAUACGGUCCCUACCAUUCCUAUCAUUUCCUAACCUGUGUCACCAGCGUCAACGGCCAACGGGUCAAGUCCGAAUACAUCCCUCUGAGGACAACUAUCUUGCUGAGGAACGUGAAGAUCAACCCAAGACAUGUCAAGCUGUUAGUGGGACAUAACCUGGUCCUCAACUGCUCCGCAGAGACCACCUUCAAUGGAAGGAUCAACUUCACUUGGAAAUACCCAAAGACGAUGGUCAAUCGGAACCCUAUCAUCAACAAGUCCAAAGAAGAUCCGGCUUUGGUCACCAGUAUAUACAACGCAAUCACCUUGUCCAACAUCACCAUGGACAGCAGGGGCGUGUACAGGUGCACGGCUGAUAUAGGGAACGGUGAGAUGGGGAACAAGAAGCACGCCUCAGCCAAAGUCACCAUCUACGAACAUCCAUACCUGAAUGUGUCCUAUAAGAAUGAACAGGACAGGAUAGUGGUCUACACCGAGGGUAGAAACAAGCUGAUGUUUGAACCCAAGGUCAAUGCACUGCCACCACCCAACACUAUGACAUGGUAUAAGGAUGGCGUCCCCAUCAACGAGAACACCACCUGUUACAAGUCUUCAGGCUACAAACUUUUCGUCAAGGACGUGAAGCAGGAGGAUGCCGGGGUCUUCACCAUCGCCCUGGGCAACAAAGAGAGUGGCCUCUACAGGAAUCUCAGCUACACUCUGGUAGUCCAAGUGAGGCCAAAGAUCUCCGAAGAGGAGGUGGCCUCGGAGAACGUGCAGUCCUACAUGUUCGGCAAGCAGCACCAGCUAACCUGCACCGCCUUUGGAGUGCCCAUGCCCGACAUCACGUGGCUCUGGCAACCAUGCCAUCCUGACCCCACCGACAAAGAGUGUACCCUUUACACUGAGCCAAUCCCAGUUCAAAUGGACGAUAAGGGGAACUACUCACACAACUGGAUUGAGAACAUAUACCUCAAAACUGAACUGGUACAAGGGAAGAACAAGACUGUGAGUACGCUAGUGGUGGGAGCGGCUCACAUCUCGGGGAUCUACUCCUGCGUGGCCGAGAAUGAAGUUGGCACCAGCACACUGAGAACCCUUUUCUAUGUGGACGAUCACCCUCAGCACCUGGCCAUCGAGCCCCAGACUGCCAUUGAGGGUGAUGACGUCACUCUGACUUGUCGCGGCACUCGGUACCUGUACACAGACCUGAAGUGGUACAACCCUCAGAACAACACUGUCACCCCCGCCAACAUCACGGCCCUGCAGCUCAGCCCCUACGCUAUCUUUCUCUCCCUCUCCCUGCACAACGUGUCCAGGAGUCACACAACAGGCUACCAGUGCUGGGCGGGUAACCUCCACAGCAAGAGGGACAUAGUCCAGACUGUGCUGACUGUGGAUGAGAGGAAGAGGCCGUGGCUGAGACAGAACCUGACCAAUCAGGAUGUAAACAGCAGCAGUACUCUGACUAUGGCCUGCUACGCCCUGGGUGUGCCGCCACCCUACAUCACCUGGUACAAAGACAAGCUACCAGUACAGGAGGGUCCAGGUAUUAGUCUGAGGGAGGAUGGGGUGCUGACGAUCGAGAGAGUGAAGAAAGACGAUGAGGGCUUGUAUGAGUGUCUGGCCAGCAACAAUGAGGGGAGUGUGAAAGCCAGCGCUGUCGUCACUGUCGUGGGUGAUGAGGGGAAGCCCAACAUUGAGGUGAUCGUCCUGGUGUGUACAGGAGCUGCUGCCACCUUCCUCUGGCUCAUGCUCAUCCUCUUCAUCCGCAAGCUGAGGAAGCCGGACUACAUGAUGGGUCCAUCCAUCAUCAUCGACCCAGACGAGUGUCCUCUGGACGAGCAGUGUGAACGCCUGCAGUACGAUGGCAGCAAGUGGGAGUUUCCCCGAGACCGCCUCAGACUGGGCAAAACUCUGGGCCAUGGAGCCUUCGGGAAAGUGGUGGAGGCCUCUGCUUUUGGGAUUGACAAGCUCUCGACCUGCAAGACUGUGGCCGUCAAAAUGCUGAAAGGAGGAGCUACGACAAAUGAGCGCAAGGCUCUGAUGUCGGAGCUGAAGAUCCUGAUCCACAUUGGUCAUCAUCUGAACGUGGUCAACCUGCUGGGAGCCUGCACCAAGCCUGGAGGUCCAUUGAUGAUGAUAGUGGAGUACUGCAAAUAUGGAAACUUGUCAAACUACUUGAGAAGCAAGAGGGCUGAUUUCAUCGUUUAUAAGAGCCAGGACGGUAAGGUGGUGACGUCGGGGUCGGGCUGUGACCUAAGCGAGCUCAUCAAGCGGCGCCUGGAGAGCGUGGCCAGCACCGGAAGCUCGGCCAGCUCCGGCUUUGUGGAAGAUAAGAGCUACUGCGACUCAGAGGAAGAGGAGGAAGAGCCAGAGGAUCUGUACAAGAGAGUGCUGACAAUGGAAGAUUUGAUUUGCUACAUUUUCCAAGUUGCAAAAGGCAUGGAGUUCCUGGCUUCACGCAAGUGUAUUCAUCGUGAUCUGGCUGCAAGAAACAUACUACUGUCUGAGAAUAAUGUUGUGAAGAUAUGCGAUUUUGGACUGGCCAGAGACAUCUACAAAGACCCAGACUACGUUCGCAAAGGAGAUGCCAGACUGCCCCUCAAGUGGAUGGCGCCAGAGGCCAUUUUUGACAAGAUCUACACCACUCAGAGCGAUGUGUGGUCCUUUGGAGUUCUGAUGUGGGAGAUCUUCUCUCUGGGUGCCUCUCCGUAUCCCGGCUUACACAUCGACGAGGACUUCUGCUGCCGACUGAAGGAAGGGACCAGGAUGAGAGCUCCGGAAUACUCCUCCUCUGAAAUAUACCAGACCAUGUUGGACUGCUGGCAGGCUGAGCCAGGAAACAGGCCAACCUUCACUGAACUGGUGGAGAGACUAGGAGACCUGCUACAGGCCAGCGUACAGCAGGAGGGAAAGCAUUACAUCCCUAUAGCAGCCCUGCUGUCUAAGGAGGGAGACCCCUCCAACACGGCCCUGUCAGAGGAGACCAACACCAGGCCACUCUCUUACCGCGACUCAGGGAGCACCUGGAACAUUAAGAUCCGUCCAGCAAGUGUGAAGACCUUUGAUGAGGUUACCAUGGAGAACGGUUCUAACGACAACCAUGAGGGGGGCCAGUCGGACAGUGGGAUGGGCCUGUCGUCUGAUGAUAUGAACACGCUGAAGCGCCUGGAGUCCUUGGCCCGACCGCUCAGCAUCAUGGCCCUGGCGAUGAAGGCAGUGAGUAGGAGUAAGGAGUCGGUGCUGACUGAGGGAGAGAAGGACAAGUACCCUCAGCCUGUCUCCUCUCUGGACUUCACCCUGGACGACUCGUCCCUGGAGCCCGGUCUGGAGUGCCACAGCCCACCCCCUGACUACAGCUAUGUAGUGCGCUACUCCACCCCACCUGUGUAGCCGUCGCCGUGGGAGACGCCCCUCCGCCCCAAGGAGAAUCUAUCUGACUAAAUGCCUCGAGGCCUUUCCUUUGUUCUGAUCUGUUCUGACUCCGUCUCCGGACCUCACAGCGCACCGUAAAACGGCUGCUGCUGCCUCCCCCUUUUUAACUUCUUCCAUUUCUCCUCCUCCCCGAGGCUUGAGAGAGGGACACGUUUGAGACGCUUUAUUACAACGUGGGAUCUGUUACUUUAGGACACUCUGAGACACCUUACUGUAGAGCUGCACUUAGCCUGCCUGCUUCCCAUCAGCCCACUCUGCAGGAAGGAGGAAGAAGAGCCUGCCCUCUUCUGUAAAGGUCUCAGCCUGACCCAGAGGUUCUCCUAUGUACUGCUGGCCUUCUCCAUAGCUCACUCUGAUAGCCACACAUACAGCUAGCUAUAGAAAGAUGCCUAUAGACGUAUGUAGACCUAUAGACAGCCUCAGGUAUUCCUAUAAUCUACUGUGAACAACACCAAGAAGCACAACCGAUUCCAGACUUGUAACGAAUUACAGUCCCAUGAAAUGUAUUAUUGGCAGUUUAUACUGUAGUGUAAAUGAAAAAUGUGUUACCAUGGGGAUACAAAAUGUAGAUGAGAAGGAAAUAAGAUGGGGGAAUUAGGGUGUUUUCAUUGAUACUAUUUUAUUUCUGUACAAAUAUUUUAUAGAAUUGAAAACUGGAAAGUAAUGUGCUAUUUUAUUUUAUUAUGUAAUGAUUAUUGAUAUAAGGUUGACGAAAUAUUUGUGUCACAAAGUUGAUCUUUUCAAGCAUAUUCCUCAGGUUGACUUGCGCUAAAGCUCCCGAUUUUAAAAAGCGCCUGUCAGACAGAUUACAGGAACAGUUUGUGAAUAAUCGAAUGUGCCCGUCUGAAAAGAUUUCUAACUUGAGUACUCCGAUCUCCAGUAUUCCCAGUCAACAUGUUGUUGUUGUUUGGAAUAUUUUUUCCCUUCAACUCAAAUGGAGAGACACAUGGGUUGACAGGGUUGUCUACAGUAGAUGGAUAUGGCCCAUAGUCCCUUAGGCUCAGUCUGAGUAGUAAUAGCUUUAACAGCCAAUAGAAUCCCAGCUCUGAAUGGGGUUAAGGCAUGAAGAGGACAGGAGAGGGCAGAACAGAGAGUAAGACCACACUGCUUUGGAUUUAAUAUUACAUCUCUACCGUGAAGCCAUUUUAAAUGAAAAGUUAUAUUUGGAUUCCUUCCCCUAUCCCGAUAUGGGACUAACUCUGUGUAUUAUUGUUAUGGCCGAGUGGAAAAAGGGAAAUUGGAUGAUACGAGAGAGACUGGUUUAUUUGUAUAUGUACAAAGCUAGUUAAAAACAUGAGCUUGGGUUAGAAUUUCAUAUGAAGAGUGUCUAUGAAAGCACCAGUGAAAUAAACAAUGCAUAUUUAUUUAGGUUUAUAUUCUACAAUGUCACUUAUUAAUUUCACACUGAAGAUUUAACCAAAGGAUUUGUACCCGCUGCCUCCUUGACAACACGAUAUGUAACAUUCCAGUAUUUAAUUCCACAUGUAUAUUCCGUUUGCACUGCUGAACACACUAUAAUUACAUUGGUAAAGAUGAAGGAAUUGACUGUUUGUAAUGGAAAUCUUCAGUUACUGAUCCAUUUUGUUGUGCUAAAAGUGUGACUAAAGCUUGCAGGGCAGGCUCCAGGAAUCCUACAUGUUAUCACCAGGCUGGUCACUAUACUGGUGACUACUUUAGCACGUUUAGCCUACGUAAUUACCUUUAAAAACAAGGCUGAAAAAUGAUCAGGAUGAAGAGUCUAAAUGUUUGGAUAAUUCAAAAUGUUUGGUUAAAUUAAAAUUCCAGUCACUCCAGCUAGUGUUUUGUUACACAUAGGAGAGAGGGAAUAGCUUGUGUGUGUAAACUGCUAGAUAAUAUUUUGCCGCACAAUACGUAAUUCUAUAAGGUUUAUUAUGAAUGCUGUCUCUGCACCCUUAAAUACUGCCAAAUGAUGUUUGUAUUGUUAAUGUGGACUGAUUGGGUCUUGUGUCCAUUGUGGAGGAAAAAAGUGUAUGCACUGAUUUAGUUUUUUAUCAAAUAUAGAUUUUUGUACUCUAAAUGUAUUUGUAUUAUUAACCAAGCAUAAGAAGUGAAUAAAUGAAUAAAGAUCGAUAUAUUUAUGCAUUA